AUGGCGUGGAGCGAGAUUUCGAGCUCCUCCAUUGCGAACUGCUUCAAUCACACUGGACUCAUGAAUGGGCCGACUUCACCAGAAGUCGAAGGAGGUGCUUCAGCAUGGGACACUCAGCAGCCUGUGCAACAGGAUGCAGAUCUGGUUGACCAGGAGGAGCAGGAAGUGGAGAAGGAUCUGAAGUCAGCUCUGCAAAGCCUGCCUUUGCGCAAUCCGAUGUCUGUUGCGUCACUUCUCAGUCCAGUUGAUGAGGAGCCGACGGUGCAUGCGGAGUUAAGCGACGCCGAGAUCAUCAAGCUCGUCCAGGAUGCUGAGGAGGUGGAGGAGGAAGGAGUAUCUGAGAAGGAGGUGGUGACAUAUUGCAUAGCUGAGAAGCUCGCUGCUCUUGCUUUGUUCAUUUCCCUCCUUGAUCUCUCAGGAUCGAGACGCGCCUCCCUCCGCGCACUUCGUCGCAUUCAAGCCCAACUUCGUAGUGCUAAUACAAUCCAAACCGCACUGAAUUCAUGGCUUAAAUAG